CCGGUUAUCGGCGGCGGGGCUGGCGGGGACUGAUAGCGGCGCCCGCCCCACGGUCACGCUCCGCUCGGAUGCGCCGCGGCAGCCCCGGGAGCCCACGCGUGACUCGGGGCCGCCUCUCCCCCAGGGCAUCCCCCCGCGGCCGCAGGGAUGCGGUGCCCCCCGGUUUAGAGGGACCGGCCGAGCCCCAGCCCAGGGGGAUGCGGAGCCGCAGAGGCAGCGGAGCCUGGCACUGACCCGAGGCGGCCGCGGCUGAAUGGAACGGCUGCACAAGCCGCCUCUGACCUCCCCGGGGAGCGUCGGUUCCUCGCGGGGUUCCAGCCUGCCCGGCUCCCCGUGCAGCAUCGUGGCCAAAAUGGACAACGAGGUGCUGGGCUACAAGGACCUGGCCGCCAUCCCCAAGGACAAAGCCAUCCUGGACAUCGAGCGCCCCGACCUGAUGAUCUACGAGCCCCACUUCACCUACUCGCUGAUGGAGCACGUGGAGCUGCCCCGGAGCCGGGAGCGCUCCCUGUCUCCCAAAUCCAUGUCUCCUCCUCCGUCUCCGGAGGUGAUCCGGGAGUGGCUGGACAGUCGGCCCCCCAGCAGCACCCCGGGGCCCCCCUCGCGCCAGAGCGCGGCCCCCACCCGCAGCAGCGUCCAGCACUUCCACCGACCCGAGACCGACACCACCGAGCUCAACAUUUACAAGAAGCCGCCGAUCUACCGGCAGAAAGACCACCAUUCCAGUGCCCACCACGGCAAACAUCUCAUCGAGGACCUGAUCAUCGAAUCCUCCAAAUUCCCGGCGGCGCAGCCCCCGGAUCCCAACCAGCCCGCCAAGAUCGAGACCGACUACUGGCCCUGCCCGCCCUCGCUGGCCGUCGUGGAGACCGAGUGGAGGAGGCGGAUGGCGUCCAAGAGGGGCGAGGAGGAGGAUGAGGAUCUGACGGAGGAGAUGAAGAACCUGCGGGAGCUCCAGCGGCAGGAGCUGAGCAAGGUCACCUCCAACCUCGGGAAGCUGAUCCUGAAGGAGGAGAUGGAGAAGUCGCUCCCGAUCCGCAGGAAAACUCGCUCGCUGCCGGACCGGACGCCUUUCCACACCUCCCUCCACAGCAGCUCCAAGAGCUCCUCCCUGCCCGCCUCCGGCCGGAGCACCCUGACCCGGCUGCAGUCCGCAGAGUUCGGCUCGGCGGGGAGUGAGAAGGGCAGCCCUGCCCUGCAGAACGGCCAACGCGGGCGCAUGGACAGAGGGAGCUCCCUGCCCAGCAUGCUGGAGCAGAGGAUCUACCCCUACGAGGCGCUGGUGGUGACCAACCGCGGCCGCGUGAAGCUCCCGCCCGGCGUGGACCGGACCCGGCUGGAGCGGCACCUGUCCCCCGAGGAUUUCCUGCGCGUGUUCGACAUGUCCCCGGAGGAGUUCGCCAAGCUGGCGCUGUGGCGGCGCAACGAGCUGAAGAAAAAGGCCUUCCUCUUCUGAGCCUUCCUCCUCCUCGGAGUCAUCCUCCUCCCUGAGCCUUCCUCUUCUGAGUCAUCCUCUUCGGAGUCAUCCUCCCUGAGCCAUCUUCCUCCUCCUCUUCUGAGCCUUCCUCCUCUGAGUCAUCCUCCUCCUCCUCUGAGUCAUCCUCUUCUGA